AUGGCUUCACAUCUCCAAUCAUUGCUUGUGCUUGUAUUGGUCACUUUGACCACAGUUUUUAUCCCUUCCAAUGCACAUCUUACUCCUGAUUUCUAUAAGAAAAUUUGUCCUCAGGCACUGCCAGUCAUAAGAUCAGUCGUUUAUCAAGCAAUUCUUCGUGAACGGCGCAUGGGAGCAUCAUUGCUACGUUUGCAUUUUCAUGACUGCUUUGUUAAUGGGUGUGACGGAUCAGUUCUGCUAGAUGACACCAAAAACUUCAUUGGCGAGAAAACAGCCCUACCAAAUCUGAAUUCAAUAAGAGGUUUUGAUGUGGUUGAUGAGAUUAAAGCAGCGGUUGAUAAAGCUUGCAAACGUCCUGUGGUAUCAUGUGCUGAUAUCUUAGCUAUAGCUGCUCGUGAUUCUGUAUCCAUAUUGGGGGGUCCACGACUUUGGUACAAUGUAUUACUAGGAAGAAGAGAUGCAAGAACUGCAAGCAGGAAUGCAGCAAACACCAACCUUCCUCCACCAUUCUUCAACUUCUCACAGCUUCUCUCUACUUUCAACUCUCAUGGAUUGGACCUCAAAGAUUUGGUGGCACUUUCUGGCGGACACACCAUUGGGUUUGCUAGGUGCAGUACCUUCAGGGACCGCAUCUACAAUGACACCAACAUAGACCGCAUGUUUGCAACCUCUUUGAAGAAACAAUGUCCACGAGUUGGUGGUGACAACAAUUUGCGUCCAUUGGAUCCAACUCCUGCAAUGGUUGAUACCUCAUACUAUAGGGAAUUGCUGUGCAAAAAGGGUCUCCUUCAUUCUGAUCAAGAACUCUACAAGGGAAAUGGCAGUGAAAGUGACAAAUUGGUUGAACUAUAUAGCAUGAACCCUUUGGCUUUUGCUGAAGAUUUUAAAGCUUCUAUGAUCAAGAUGGGUAACAUGAAUCCUCUUACUCAUAAGAAGGGAGAGAUCAGACGCAAUUGCAGAAAAUUUAAUUAA